ACGCCAGCGAGUGACAAGCGCAAGCAAAAUACAAAACAAACCCAGUUUUUUAUAGACGCUGCGCAUUUAGUACACAUAAUCGCCAGCCGACAGUAAAUAAUGGAGAAUACAGCAACAGGUGCAGCUAUACAAACGGGUGGACCGCCAGGCCCUAGCCAGGAUACGGAUGAGCUACUCGAUCCAGUGCUAUUCUCCAACGAUAAUGGUGCAUUCAAGCUGAAAACUGUGCCUGCAUUUAGCAUACACUUGCUUAUCUCUACGGUUAUUUCAAUUGUGGGUAUUGCUCUGGCGGCUCAAUGGCCAGAGGAGCGCCGCUGCGAGGCGUACUUUAUAAUGCUAUACUUGCGUGCCACCUUUUGGGGUAUCACAUUUCUCUUCGAUCACUUUAUCAAGAGGCAACACGACAAUUUGCGAAUGAAUGGCUACCACGACUUUCACCGCGAUACGAAUAUGCAAAAAGGCGUACCGCUGCAGAUAGUGUCCAUGUGGAACUCAAUGCUGCUGGCAGUACAGGCGCUUAUACAUCACUACUACAAGGAUGAAUUCUGGAUGCACUGCGCCGCAGGCUGGCUAUCCCCCAUUACCUAUGUUACAAUGUUUAAUGUUGCCGAAAACGUUGUGCUAGCAGCUACACAUGGCUGCUAUAUAAAUAAAGUGCGUAAAUUCAACAAAGCUCAGCCGGCACCUGAUGUGCUGCGUGGCGCGGAUCGUGCAGGCGGCUCUCUAGGUCUAAUGCAACCUGGCGGCGACACAGCUGAGCUGCUAGAGAAACAGGCCGAUCUUAUUGCCUAUCUGCGUGACCACACGCACAUGCUCAACCAGAAGCUGCACCAAAUGCAGACGAGUGUGCGUCCAGUAAGAGUGCCGCAAAUACCUUAAGCAGCAGGAGUAGCAGCAACAAUAGACUCAAAGAAGCAAUACGUAUUCCUUAGUGAUGGCGUCUACAUGACUUGCAUGGACAGCAUUAAAAUUAUUAUUUAUAAUUUCAUUUCUGUUUGUUUUUAUUGUUCUCAACGAAGAAAUAUUCUUCAAUUAUACUUUUUGAACAAAACUAACUGUAAAUACAAAACAAAUAGCACUGUCCCUA